AAACGCAUCUACGAGACACUAGGGAACAACAUAUUCUGGUCGCCCGAAGGCCGUAUAAAGAUAAAUUAAUUUUGUCACAACACCGUCGUGAGAUUCCGUUAGUGUGUUAACAGCUGAUAUGCCAGUGCGUUUAGAUUGUGAAAAAAUAUUUGCGACAGUAAUUAGUUAAAAAAAUGAGUGACGUGAAUUUACCGGCUUUGGCGGAGGCGGACAAGAGCCAUGUCCAGAAGACGCCAGUGGCGAUGCAGGAGAUAAACGAGGCGUAUAAAGCAUGCAAAUUCGGCUUAUUCCACGUGAAAUUACUUGUGAUUACGUUUGUUGGAUUCGUAGCGGGAGUUGCGGUCAGCAAUACAACUGCUUACUUGUUGCCGAGCGCUGAAUGCGAUCUCAAAAUGAGCUUGGUGCAAAAGGGCUUGUUAAAUGCUAUGCCUUAUUUGGGUAUGCUGUUCUCAACAGUGAUCGCUGGAUUCCUAACAGACACCUUCGGAAGGAAGAUCUUCGUGGUAUUUGGAUAUGGCGGCAUGUUCCUGUUUUUGUUCAUAGCUGGGUCCAGCCAGACAUUCGAGGUGCUCAUAACAGCUAAAUUCUUUGAGGGAAUUUUAUUCGCGACAUCCUUCAGCGCAGUGGUGACGUUAACAUCAGAGUUCUGUUACCAUGAAAUAAGAGAUAGAGUGAUACUGUGCCAGUCCUCGUUCGCGGGAUCGGCACAGAUCGUGAUUCCCGGGAUGUCUUGGGCGAUACUGAUGCAGGACUGGAAGUUAACCAUCUUCGAAGGAAGAUUUGAACUCAACACAUGGAAUUUCUACCUUUACCUAAUGUCACUAUGGUCGCUAUCAGCUUGUCUCCUCUACACCUUAUUUAUACCAGAAAGUCCCAAAUAUUUGAUCACGCAGAAGAAAUAUGAUGAAGCGAGGGACAUAUUAGUACAUAUGUACAGGACAAAUACAGGCAAACCCGCCGAGACCUACCCUUACAUAAAUCUAUGGAAAGACAAAGCCAAGCGUUUACCAGAAGUAGAUGAGGAACAACCAAAAAACAUCAGACAUCAGAUCGUAGUCGGCUUGCAUAAUAUAAAGCCGAUGUUUAGGAAGCCGCUAGUUAUUUAUUUACUGCUGAUCAGCCUUAAUAACUUCCUUAUCAUGGCAUUGUAUAACAUAUUAAGACUGUGGUUCCCUCAACUGUCAACUAUAGUUGAACAUUACAACCUGAGUAGUGACAAGGAUCUAUGUGUUAUGCUUGAUUUGUAUACAAAUGAUUUGAAGGCGGCUAGUCAUAAUGCAUCAUCAUCUGAUGUUUGUAUUCCGAAUCUCAGUGGCGCUGAAACCUACAUCAACAGUAUCAUCAUUGGCUGCGUGUGCCUUCUCCCUUACUUUAUCAGCGGGGUCUUGAUCAACAAGGUUGGGAAGAAGAAUAUGCUCAUCACAGCUGGUCUUAUUUGCAUUAUAAUGACCUUGGGGUUGAGAUGGGCUAAUUCGAAGACCGUAAUGGUAUCACUAUUCGCCACUAAUGUUGCUGUGGCGCAGGUCAUGAUGAGUUUGAACCAAGCAUUGAUUAUGGAGUAUUUUCCUACGACUAUAAGGACGUUAGCAAUAUCUACGAUAAUGAUGACCGGUCGUAUCGGGACUUUGAUCGGGAACAUCGCGUUUCCCGUACUUCUAGAUAAAGGAUGCGUCAUACCUUUCUACACCAUGACUGGAAUGAUGAUAUGUGUGACAACAAUUGCAUUGUUCUUGCCAAAGAAAAAGUGAUGAUAGUGUAAUUCAUAUUAUGUAAUUAUUUUUUGUAAUAAAAAUAUUUUUAUUUUU